AUGUUCAUGCUCCUGUGCUGCUUAAGACCUUUCACAGAACUUUUCCCGACAAACCUCGUCUUGGCCCCAGGAGGGGUCCUUGAGGGGGAGCAUUGUCACGGCUUGAUGAGCCGCUCCGCUAUGGCUUACUGGAUUCUUUUCCGUAGCCUCUCAUUGCUUAGCAAUGUGACGCGCAUUCAUGGCCACCCCUCGCUGAUGACGUCAGCCAGCCUAUAUCCGCCCAGCAUUUUUGAGAUUCGGGGCCUAUUUGUUGGACUAGUUCCGUUGCUGGCUACUUUAUCUGCUGUAUUUUUCUUAGAUUUAGAUACUAUAAUCUUCUACGAAGACAAGAACUUUCAGGGCCGCUCCUAUGAGUGCAACUCAGAUUCUUCAGACCUGACAUCAUAUUUUAGCCGCUGCAACUCUAUCCGGGUAGAAAAUGGCAACUGGAUUCUUUAUGAACAGACAAAUUACAGGGGGCACCAGUACUAUCUAAGGAGAGGGGAAUAUCCUGAUUUCCAGCAGUGGAUGGGUUACAAUGACUCCAUCAGAUCGUGCCGUCUGACUCCACAGCACCGUGGUCCCUUCAGAAUGAGAAUCUAUGAGAGAGAAGACUUCAAAGGUCAGAUGAUGGAGUUCACUGAAGAUUGUCCUCAUGUCUAUGAGCAAUUUCGUUACCAUGACAUCCACUCCUGCAAUGUGUUUGAUGGUCACUGGAUGUUCUAUGAAGAACCCAACUACAGGGGGCGCCAGUACUACCUGAUACCUGGAGAGUACAGAAGAUACACUGACUGGAGAGCCAUGAAUCCCAGGAUUGGUUCCUUCCGACGAGUCAUAUAUCAUUAA